AUGCUUCAGCAAGAUGCUUCAGGAGAUGGAGAAGACAGUGACCUGGGCGUCGGCCUGUCAAAGGAGAGGGCUGAGAAAGUACCAUUUUUCUUUGUUGACACACAUCACGAUCGUGACGAUGAAGAUGAGGUGAAGAGUAUGGAGAAUGAGCUGAGAGAGAUGAAAAGAUGGUUGCGAAGCCUCCUAGAGUGGAAAGUCGGAGCCAACAGUCAGUCAGAAGAGCUCAAGGACCUCAUCCAUGCCGUCAAGACCACAGGGUUGGCGGAGCCUCUUAAGGGGGCCUUGCAGACCGCCCUGAACCUCGCGCGCAGAUCAUCUCCGCCAAAGGAUUUGACGCAAGAGAAGCUAGAUGCUGUGGAGGAGGAGAUUCGGUGCCGACGCCAGGACGAACGCCUAGAGGAAGCCAAAUCUGUUCUCAGCGACUUUCAGAGAACUGGAAGGAAAGAAGAUGCCGACAGCUUUCUGAAGAAGUUGGAUGCAGUCAAUCAGCCCACAAUGCCAGUCUCAUCAGAGACGGAUUAUUUGGCACAAAUUGGGGAAUUGCUGAGGUUAGCCCUUGCGGGUGAACCAAUUCAUGAAAAACGCAUGCAUUUUCCAGAGCUUUCCGGAGCUUUCCAGCAACAUCUAGAGACACUGAUGGAGCACGGUAAGAAGCAGAAAGAUGCAGAGUCUCGGAUCCAGACAAUAUUCAAACGAUGGAACAUUCAAGAGACCAAGGAAGUGGUUACAGAAGUCGCACGCUGGGCGAUUGAAAAAGGCGUCUGUGAAGAAGCUGAUUUGGUCCUCAUCAUUGACCCGAUGCCUGCUCUCACCACAGUUGGCCAGACUCGGAUUGCACUCUUGCGUGAUUGGUACCACUACAAGGACUCAGCCGGCUAUGACCUCAAGAAAGUGAAAGAAAUACAGGAGCGCGCUCUUCGUGCCAAUGUAGAACAAGAGGUGCUGGACGAUAUCAAGGCAAAGCAGAAGAAGGAUUCAGCGCUCGAGAAAUUGAAAGAGGCGAUCUCAGAAGAAUCCACUGAGAAAGCGGGGCCGUGCCUUGCACACUGCGAAGCUCUCAGCAGCCAAGCACAAGGAGAAUGGUGUUGA